UUGCUAUCAAUCUGAAUAGUUUUAUUAUUUUUCGUAUUAUUAUUGUUUCUAUUUUCUAAAAUCAAACUAUUUUUUGAUGGCAAUCAUUGUCCACUGCGUGUAUGUGUACGACUUUUUGGACCAGGGAUUGUACAAACAAAAGACUUCAUGACGUGUAAAUGCAAGUUAGAGUAAGGGGUAUUUCGUAAUUUAGCUCUAGAAGUGACAUUGAGAUAAACUUGUCCCAACAUGGAAACCUCAUCGUCUAUCUUGAUGCUCAGAAAAACGGGUGGCUAAUAGUGGAAGGCUGAAAUGAGCUCAAUAGGGCAAAGCAUUUUGAUGGCUUUGACUGUUACGGUCAACAAAUACGCUUCAUCAAAUGUACAGGCAGUUCAUAGAAAGAGGAAAAGACCAACCACCGCAACUACUACUGAUAUUGGAAGAAGAGGGCUCUUCCUAUCCACUGUCGUUGCAGCUCUCCAAGUCAGCGACUCUAGAACUGAACUUCUCAAAAAAUAUCUCAAGAAGUCGGAGGAAAACAAAGCCAAAAAUGACAAGGAGAGGCUGAACAGUUAUUACAAACGCAAUUACAAGGACUACUUUGAGUUGGUGGAAGGAACUUUAAGGGGAAAGGAAGGCGAACUUUCAGAAGCAGAGAAGGGUAUUCGUGAUUGGCUUCAAAGUAACAAGUGAAAACCAGCUCCUUUGCCUAGUUCUUGAAGUUGAAAUAAUUGGAAGUGUAUAAUCUGCUGAAUAGUGUUCUCUUAGCACCAAAUGAUUUCCAUGAUUUUUUCUUUAUCCAAUACAUAAACAUAAAAUUUUCUGUUUUGGCAAGGUUAAUGGGUA